GGCAUCACCUACGACCUAAUCGAGUGACCAAUUCCAUCGUUUUCGCUCGAGUGAAUUUAUUAAUCCAGCGAAUUCAUCCUUUUCGUUCAUCAAUCGUUUGGCCAGAUUCAUCGUUGAUCAACAGCUUCUUCUCAAUCGUUCGGCCAGAUUCAUCGUUCCUCUUAGGGAUUGUUUGGCCCCCUUCAUUGAUUCAGCACUACUUGGAUCAAGGAAUCUAUUGGAAGUAAUCAGGCUCUUGAGCAAAUUUCAGCAAACCUGUCAACCUAUAAGGUAGCUACGAAAACUGAAUCCAACAAGAACGCGGGCAAGGCAUCUGGGUUAUCAGCUUACUUUUAUUUUAAUCAUUUUGAAACAGAAAUGGGAGUAUUAAAUUCUGUCUUUUUUACCUUCUUAGCUUGUUGAACAAAACACAGAUUGUAUUCACACUAUAAGAGUGUGCAAUGUCAAUCAAAGAAGGAUAAUAGCACGAAGAAAGGGCAAUAAGUGGUGGUUCAAGCUUGAAGAGAUGGUGUCAACCUAGCUCUACAGAUCUUUUUGCACACAUUAAUUUGUUUUUUCUCUUCAAUUCAGAUACAUUUGGAUAUAUUUAUAACAUGUUUUUAGACACAAAAUGUUGGAUAAUCGACUUGUUAGAUAUUUUGAUCUCCGACCAAGGCGGCAGUGCAUCCUCCAAUAAUGGCUUUCCCCGCCCUCGUCCUCCUCAUCUCAGCUCUCUCCCUUUUCAACCAACCUCCCUUCUCCGCCGCAAGACGCCACAGCUCCGCCGGGCUACUCAGGUCACUGCUCAUUCCGGAGCACCCACAAAACGAUAUUCCCACUACCUACUUUGAAGUCACUAAGCCCAUAAAGAUCCCAAAAACCAAACCUUGCUCAUACCUAGUUCUGGAGCACGAUUUCGGUAGUACCUACGGGAAGCCACCGGUUCUUGCAAACUACACCCGCCCUUCCAAUUGCUCUUCCCAGAAGUUCUCCAAAAUUGUCCUCGAAUGGGAAGCCACCUCUAAAGGCAGGCAAUUUGACCGGAUUUUUGGGGUCUGGCUCGGCGGGGUUGAGAUCCUCCGCAGUUGCACUGCCGAGCCUAGAGCUUCUGGAAUUGUGUGGACUGUCAACAAGGAUGUUACUAGGUAUUACUCUUUGCUGAUGAGUUAUCACCAGAUUCUUGCUGUUUACAUGGGCAACAUUGUAGAUCAUACUUAUACUGGUGUUUAUCAUGUGAAAAUCAAGAUUCAUUUUUACCCAGAGGAAGAAAAAAGCUCCCGUUCGUAUUCUGGGCUUGAUUCUGUACCUGAUUUGAUCCUUCCUGUUUCGAGAGAUUUGCCUCUGAACAGCGGGUUGUGGUUUGAGAUUGAGAAUUCAACAGACACGGAGUCGAAGCAGUUGGAGAUCCCUCAAAAUGCUUAUAGGGCUGUUUUGGAGGUUUAUGUUUCGUUUCACGAAAACGAUGAGUUUUGGUAUGGUAAUCUGCCUAAUGACUACAUCGCUGCGAAUAACAUUACGGAUCAACCCAGGAACGGACCAUUUAGAGAGGUUCUUGUCAGCCUGGAUGGUAAAGUAGUUGGAGCUGUUUGGCCCUUCACUGUGAUUUAUACCGGAGGCGUAAAUCCUCUCCUGUGGAGACCCAUUACUGGAAUUGGCUCAUUUGACCUCCCUACAUAUGACAUUGAGAUAACUCCCUUGCUAGGGCUGGUAUUAGAUGGGAAGAGUCAUCAGAUUUCAUUCAGUGUCACGCAUGCUCUCAACGUUUGGUACAUUGAUGCAAACUUGCAUCUUUGGCUGGACGCCGGUAGUGAGAAAACACAAGGGCAGGUCAUAGAAUACAAUAGCUUGCCAAUUUCUUUGUCCCAUACAUCAAAUUUCACUGGCUUGAAUGGUUCCUUCAUGACUGUGGGCAAUCGAACCAUAAGGUUGACUGGAUGGGUAAAUUCGUCUCAUGGAGUGGUUCGUACUGAAGCAAUUCAAGACUUCAAGUAUACCAAUGUUAUGAUUAUGGGGAACCAAGGGAAUAUGCAGAUUGUAAACCAGACUAUUCAUUCCAAUGAUGCAGUUCAUUUUAAGACGCAGUCUUCUUCUUUCCCUUCCUUCCAAUCUGCUAAGAAGUUCAAUCUGUUUAUGCAUUCUGAUGACAUACAUCAAGGAAAUAAAACAUAUUCUUCUGUUGCAAAUAUAACAUUGGGAUUCAAGGAGAAGUUGAUCGAAUCUUCUAAUUCCAGAUCUUCCACCAGUUUUCUCAACAACUUACAGAAAGGAAACGGAUCCAUGCUCAUAAAGGACAACUCGGUAGUCGAUGGAUUGGGUAGUACCCAGCAAGCAUACCAUUAUCGUGAUAAUUCUUCUUGCUACUUGAGGAAUAUUAGCAGCUCAAACUACACAAUCCUCAAUGACAAAGUGAGCUAUGCUUGUGAGGAAUGAUAUCGUAAUCUUCCUGCUCGAAGGGGCAUAUUGGCAACCUAGUUUCAUGAUACUAAGAUUGCCAAGGUUUCUUUUUUCUGACUUCAUUCACCAAAUACUAGUUUCACGAUUUGUUAUUAAGUCGUAUUCCGUACUUUAUUAUGCAUGUUCAACAUGCCUAUGUGUUGACUCAGUAGUUUGGUUCUCCCUAAUUUAGAGCUAAUGAAACUAUUCUAUCACAACAAUAACAAAGCCUUCAACUA